AUGAGAAUUGCCAUCAUCGGUGACAGGUCCACCCCAGGAUCUGGCCACAAGACGGCAAACUUCGUGGUCGAGGCAACCAACAUAGUGGGGGGAAAGGAUAUAAGCAUCGGGGGCGACUCCGCAGCCUCGGCCCGCCUCUCCGUCGGGCUGAUGUUUGUUGUGACGGGGCUGGUGUGGACCCCCAUCCUGAAGGAGAAGCAGAGGCGGAGGCGUGACUGCCAGGAGGCUGGAAGAGAAGCGACUCCUGUGAUGCGCACAUCUGGACUAACUCUGCUUCUGCUUCGGAGGAUCUCCAUUGCUGCCAUGUCCACACCUGAGCCGGUCCUGGAGAGGAGGUAUGAAGGAGUCGGCCGCUGCAAGUGCUCCUUCUGGUUCGCGGUGGCCCACGACGUAUUCGGCGUCUUCCUCAUGAUGGUGGGGGUGUUUGGAGGGCUGGUCGUCCACGAUUUGUUCAUCUACGCGGGGGCUAUCGUCAUCUUCCUCAGCCUGAUCUGGUGGGUGUUCUGGUACUCUGGGAACAUCGACGUGCCGCCCGAGGAGCUGGAGGACGACGUGGGUCUGAUCAAGCUGAAGAACCGGGGGCUCAGCGGGGCGGUGAGGCACAUGUCCGACCGCUUCUCCAGCCGGAUCAGGAGCUCUUUCAGAAAGACAGGCACGUCCAUCAGAGGAGACCCCACGAGCAACAACAGGCCUUCAAACACGGAGGUGUCGCUCUCCACUAUAUGUGACAGCUCCUUCGCCUCCCCAGCUGGAGAGCUCGUGAGAGACACUUUGUCAAUAUGA